AUGUGGUGGUGGAAGAAGAAAGAGAUUCUACAGAUCAGGACCUCAGCCUUCAUCUUGGCCUUGAUACUGGACUUGGGAUAUAGGAAGGGGUUUGAAUGUGACUUUGAAGAUGCUGGAUUGUGCGGCUGGCAGGAGCAAUCCUUGAAUGCAGCUUACAAGUGGGAGAGGCGUCAGAGAGGUGACACGAUGCCUAACAGCGGGCCCUCCUCUGACUUCACUAUCGGGACUGCCUCAGGUUGGUUCAUGGGUGUGACUGCAGUCAAGUCAGAAAGUGUCAGCACCGCUGUGCUUGUGUCACCACCGAUGCAACAGUCGUCAGCCACAUGUCGCCUUCGUCUCAAAUAUUUCAUGUGGGAUUCAGGUGAAAAAGGACUUGGCUCUUCUCCACUGUGGGCGUCUGUCCUUCAGGAGAACUCUCAACAGGCUGUCGUGUGGCGCCCUGAGGCGACCAGCGUCCGGGGGUGGAGGGAGGCCGUCAUCUUUCUGGGCCGCAUUGCCACAACAUUUCAGAUCCAUCUUUACUCACACCGCUCUGAAGGGCAGAGGGGAGAUAUUGCUGUAGACCAGCUGGAGUUCCUGGACUGUGCUUUACCCUUGCCGCUUCCUGGGAAAGAGUGUCCCGAUGGAAUGCUGGAGUGUAAGCGCGAGGGCUGUGUAGAGCAACGGCAGGUGUGUGACGGCACUGACGACUGUGGUGAUGGGACUGAUGAGGAGAACUGUGAGGGUUAUCGUCGCUGCGACUUUGAGAAAGACCUGUGUGACUGGGACCUCAGGUCAUUGUCCAAACUGAAAUGGGUAAGGACGAGCCAGGAAAACAUUUCCAUCUCGGAUCCUGUGAAAGGACCAGGACGGGACCACUCCCACAACACCGCAUCAGGUCACUUCUUGUAUGUCACUGUUCCUGAUGGGGAGCUCCUGCAGGACUGGGCAGCUUUCCAAAGUCCUCGUCUGCAGCCCACCAACAGUACUCAUCCUUGCAAGAUGAUCAUGUACACACACCAGUUUGGGCCGAGGUCUGGUGGGCUGACGGUACUGGUGGCAGAUGAGAGCGUCUCCCUGGUGUGGGAGCGGGGCGGAGCUCUGGGUGAUGUCUGGGUGAAAGCUGAAGUGGAAAUUGUCAAUAACUCCACUUUUCAAAUUCUUAUCAUGGCAGCAGUCAGGGAGUUGGCAUAUGGCGGUAUCGCUAUUGACAGCAUUUUGUUGUCUUCUGAAUGUCGCCUAUCAAAUGAGAGUGUUACUUUGGAAAAAUUCCCUAAAUCUCCCAAAGAUCAGUGCACGGUGCCAGAAAAGAUGUGCGACUUUCACCCCGACUGUGAGGGGGAAGCGGAUGAAGCCCAGUGUGGGGAUUUCUCCUACAGUCAAGGCAGCUCAGCCUGGACAGACAGCAGCAUUGGGAAUCAAGGUUGGGUUCUUCACAAGAAUUCCACAGCAAAAGAGGAAUACUUGUAUGUGAUCAAGUCGCCAGGCCAGCAACUGACUGAGGCCCAGACGCGGACCCCCCUUCUGGGGCCCUCCGGCCCGGCUUGUACCUUAAGCUUUGAUUUUGCACUUAUGGGCAAUCCAGCUCACAUUGGUGAACUGUCCGUCACCGUGAUUGACAGCAUGUUGGGAGUGCAGCCAAAACUGUGGGAAUUCAGUGGAAAGACUGGAAUAGGAGAGACUGAAUGGCAGCAUGCAGAGGUGGUCAUUGGAGCCAGGAAACAUCGUUUUCAGUUGGCAUUUGAAUCCCGCGCGGUCAAACUGUGUCCUUGCGCCAAGAUUAAAGUCCAAAAUGUUCACUUCAGCGGUUGCAAUGCAAACUAUUUUCCAUCUUCUUCAACAGAACUGUCAUGUAACUUUGAGGAUGGGCUCUGUGGAUGGUACCAGGACAAAAGUGACAAUUUUGACUGGACACUGCUUGAUGGGAUGGACCACACGAUCGGGAUUGGUAAAAGUCUUGUGGUGGACAUGUGGAGUUCCUCACUGCGUGGUGCAUUUGGACAUUUGCUGUCACUCCCGCUAUUACCAGGUCAUGCAAACAAAUGCCUGACCUUCUUCUACAAAAUCUACGGGCCAAACACAGGUGCUCUGAAUGUGAAAUUAAUUGACAAACAUGGUUAUGAGGAGGUGCUGUGGACUCGCAGUGGAGCUCACGGCAACAUGUGGCAUGAAGCACACUGCCCAGUACCACACCAGCUCGUAACACAUCAGCUGAUGUUUGAGGCAGUUCGCUCAGGCUUUGAUGGUCGCGUGGCCAUUGAUGAUGUGGCGCUGUUGGCCCGUCCCUGCACCGUGCCAAGGGUGUGUUCCUUUGAGGGUCAGGAGUGUGGCUACAGAAGCUCUGGUCAGGCUUACUGGCUUCAUCGGAGUGGACACACUGCAACAGUGACUGGACCCAAAACUGAUCACAGUCUGGAAACAGAACUGGGUUUUUACAUGAUGGUUAACACUGGAAGAAGCUCCCUUCCCGCUGGUGGAACAGCAGCCCUUACGUCGCCUGUUCGCCAGGGAACGGCUAAAACAGAGUGUCUCCAUUUCUGGUAUCACAUGGGAGGCGAGAAUCCCGGCUCUCUAUCAGUGUAUAUGAAGCCUAUGAAGGGUGAGAGGGUGAAGAUCUUCACGGACAGUCUGAACCAGGGAGAUGUCUGGCGCCAUGGCAGUGGCAACAUCUCCACUAGCCUUGCGGACUGGCAGCUGCAGUUUGAAGUGAUUGGAAGAGGAGGAAAAGACACCCAUGUUGCCAUUGAUGAUAUUUCCCUUUCUGCUCAUCCAUGUGAAAAUCAAGAUUCAAAGUGCAGUCUGGAGAAAGGAAUGUGCGGUUGGAGCAACACUCAGAACAGCAACCGGGACAAACUGGAUUGGGAGUUGACGAGUCACGAGGCAGACGGGCACUACUCCACCCCGUUGGAAGAUCACACCCUGGGAACCGAGAAAGGUCACUUCCUGUUCCUUCCAAGUAGCAACAGGACAGCAGCCAAUCAGAACGCUCUGCUGCUGAGUCCGCACUUGCCCCCGACUAAAGGCACAUGUCUGAAAUUCUGGGCCUUCAAACCAUACUCAUCAGACAGCCAGCUGAAGGUGUGGACAUUGUCCAAAGAUCUUCUCAAGGAGCUGCUGGAGGUGACGGAGCUUGGAGGACCAUGGAGACGCUUCGACCUUAACAUCAUUUCCUCUGAAGACUACCAGAUUGUCUUUGAGGGAGUCAAGGGUUCUUCCGGUGUCCUGGCUCUGGAUGACAUUGAGUACACCAUCGGAAUCAACUGUGCUAAGAAAGUCACUGAUGUUCACAAAACUUCUGUGAAGCCCGACAAUGCAGGAGGGAUUGCGGCAGCAGUCAUCGUGGUCCUGCUGUUGAUUGGCACACUGAUAGCGCUGCUUAUUUACUACCUGCAAAAUCAGAGGAGAGUCACGGCUUUGACCAACCCAUCCCCUUCAAAUGCCACUGGUUUUGAUAACGACACUUACGAACCAGACGCCACAGAGAACCAUGUGAGGAUACCACCAGCACAAAACCACCCAAUGGCAGCUGGGUUCAAUAAUGUCUCUGUGUCUGCUGGUGUCAGAGAGAGGGAGGUGGCGUGAAGCAGGAGGAGAGGUCCCACAACUCAGGUGGCCUUGUGAAAUUUAGGCGAUAUCACAGCAGAAGAACUGCUUGUGUCGACCUUACAUCACACACACACACACACACACACGCAUACACACAUUUCCACACUGAUGAAGGUCUAAUCGGGUCACCGUUCUUCCGAUGACUGGUUGUCCGAUGACUGUUGGAGGCCAGAGAACGACAUGAUGCGUUUCAUAGAUGGAAAUCUGUCUAUUCUGUGCCUGCAGAUGAAAACACCUGAGCGGUCACUUUAAGACUACAUUUGCAGUGCAUUGUGGACAUGAAGUUUAAAGGGGUUGAGGCUGCCAGGAGCUCAUUGAGGUUGCAUUGUGGAACUUGAAAGACCAUAAGUACAAAUGUCUUUUGCAAGAGCAAUUCUAAACAGAUACUGUAGAUGGCCUCUCUGGGAAAGAAGAACGAGAAAACAAUAAGAGUAGGCGAUAAGAAAGGGUGACAGACAGAAACAACAUCCUGUAUAAUCCAUGAUAAAUACAUUAAAUUCAUAAGCAUUGAAAUGUUGCCUGUUUUUUUAAUUGUUUCACCUCAGAAUGUAGAUUAUAGUUACCUCCUCCAAGCAAAGCGCAGCAUGUUUUUGCCCUCGUUUAUCUGUUUGUGUUCAAAAUAACUUGAAAAGUUCUGAGUGGAUUUGGAUGAAAAUGUCGGGAAUUGUCGGAAGUGUGAUAUGGAACAACUGAUUCAAUUUUGGGGGUGAUCUAAAGUCCAAAAUUCAAAAUGUUCCCCAAAUCCACCCUUUUUUCUACAACUAAUUGUUAUGAAAAUUGUAGAGUAUUUUGUGUUUGUCCAUUAAAGUUAGUUAACGGGCUACUUUCUGGUUCAUGGAGGAUGACACACAUUAUGAUUCUGGGUUGGACUGUUUCUUUGGUGCCAUACUGACUCCAACUAAUAAUAAGUCACUAUAUAGUAACCUACCCGUUGUUCAGAUCUUUCCACGGAUUCU